CAGGGGGAGAGGGAAGAGAAAGGUAACGGCUUGGGUAAGAUGUGUGAUGCUUGGGCACUCAUUUCAUCUCUUGCUUGUGAAUGCGGAGCUGACAGUUGACCCUGUUUUACCUCAAGCUCUCCUCAGUUAAGCGACUUUGAUCAGACUUUUAAAGUCAGUGCUGCCUUAGGGCACAGUUUUAAAGCUGGAGCUGUCCCUUUAGAGUUUUCUGCAAGGCAGGAACAAUGAGUCAGAUGGAGGUAGACAAGGUGGUGUCUUUGUCAAGGUUGUCCCGGGUCGCUGUGUGCGGUGGUACCCAUGGCAAUGAACUGUCUGGGGUGUACUUGGUGAGGGAGCUGCUGAAGGAGGAGAAGAAAGGGACGGAGGAGCACGAGGAGGAGGGGGAAAAGCUUGUGUCAGUGAAGAUUGUGCUGUCGAACCCUUGGGCCACGCAGCAGUGUCGCAGAUACGUCAACACCGACCUGAACCGCUGCUUCACCCACGCCACCCUCAAUGGUCCCAUGACUGACAUGGCGCCCUAUGAGUUGAUCAGAUCCCAGGAGCUGAACACCAUGCUGGGUCCUAAAGGAAGUCCUCAGGCGAUGGAUCUUGUUUGUGACCUCCACAACACCACAGCCAACAUGGGCCUGUGCCUCAUCGCGUACUCUGACAGCGACUGGAUAUGCCUGCACAUAUUCAAACACCUGCAGAGGCAGAUGCCAGAUAUACCGAUGAGGUACAUCCAUUUUGACAUCUCUAGUGAAGAAUCCUAUUCCCUUGAUUCAGUGGGAAAACAUGGCUUUGCCAUGGAGGUUGGCCCCCAACCCCACGGUGUGGUGCGAUCAAACAUCUACACGGCGAUGAAAUUUGGCGUGCAGCACAUGCUCGACUGGGUCCGUUCCUUCAACUCAGGUACUAUUUUUGAUGGAGGAUUUGUGGAUGUGUUCACCAUGGUCAAACACAUCGACUACCCAAGAGACAGUGAGAGUCACAACAUCACAGCAGCCAUUCAUCCUCAACUCCAGGACCGAGACUUCUGCUUGCUCCACCCUGAAGACCCAAUGUUCCAGAUGUUCUCAGGUGAAACAGUGAGGUAUAAAGGCAAAGAACCUCUUUAUCCUUUCUUCAUCAAUGAAUGUGCUUAUUAUGAGAAGAGCAUUGCUCUCUCGCUGGCAAGAAAAAGGCAUGUUGCAAUUCCUGCAAUCCGGGUGAUGACAGAGGAGGAGCAACAGCAUGCGGACGAACAGGAAUUGGCAUCAGAGGAAGAGGAGGAGGAGUGAGGAGGGACAACAAACACCUGACAUGAUGAGACUGAUGCAACUGCGUAAUAAAUUUUACAAAAAUGUAACUUUUAUUGAAAUGACAGCUGUUGCAUGUGUACACUCGCACACACUCUCACAAUAUUGAAGUGUAGCCUAUACAAUUAUUAACCAUCUCAGCUCACAACUGGAGAAUGAACAGCACAUUCAUCGCAGAUUCACAGAAGCACAGUCAUAAAGUGACACUGUUAUAUUUACGCUACAGUGGGUUCAGGGAUAGAACACCUUCUUGAAUUGAAAGGCUGAAUAUGCAAAAUACAAUCUCAUUUACCAUGAGACCUAUCACAAACAGUGCAUCAUUUCACAGACAUUGUUUAAUUUGUGUGACUGUUAGUAAUUUGGAUAUUACUGUACACAUACAUCAUGGUUUUAGGAUAAUACUGGUGUUAUUUUUUUCUUUUCUUAACUGUAUAUUUUUGGGACAUUUACAUCAUCAAAAAAUAGAAAUUCACUACUGACCACUACAGCAAUAUUCAGGAUAUGUUCAACGAUAAUUUAAGUGCAAAGGAAUACUGUAGCUUAUCACGAUAUGGCCUUUAAGUUACAUUCAAAAUGCCUAACAGGGAAACAGUGUUUCCCUUUAAUCCUGUUGAACUGAAAUGGUGAUAACAAAUGAAUAAAACAUAAAGGAAAAAAUAUAAAUUAAAUAAAUAAGAACAAACACAACUGACUUCACAGAAACAAUUUAUAUGUCCAUCUAAGGGCGAAAGAACACUACUAUGUUAAAAAAAAAAAAGGUUUUUGAUCUUUUCUACAAAAACUAUAAAAUCAGUCGAAAACAUUAAAAAAUACGCUUGAAAAUAGCAAACGAAACAAUGUACUGGGUAAACAAGUGAUGAACAAACACUGUCUGACCUUUACAAUGGUCAUGAAUAAGUAUAAGAAUAAAUAAGUGUCACUUCAGUUAAAAAUAAAAAAGGGCAGACAGAAAUGGAACAAAAUCAUAUUUACAGUAAUAGUCACCGUCUCUGUCACGCUACCCGCCACGGUCCCAGCGCUUUGAAGCUGCAAAGGUAAAACAAUGAUUACACAACAGCAAGCGUCAGUAUAAAUAAUUAUCUGAUUGUCUUGCUGUAUUUCCACAUAAACCUACUGAACAAAGUGUGACAGACAGUGCAACAAAGGGGUAGUCACCACACCCAGCGGUGAUUGUAGGUGUGAUCACAGGUGCCAAUGAAAGAAAUGUUCCACUUCCAAGCUAUAAUGAUACCAUCAUACCAAUGUCUGAGUAAUCUGGGUCAUUGCUUUUGGUUUGAUGUCCUUGUAAUCAGUGUUCAUUAAUGAGUUCCUUAUAAUCGAACAAUGAAUGUGUAUAUGAUGCUGUUAUUGACACAAAAUUAAUUUUAAAGGAGA